ACCCAUCUCUCCCUCUUCUAUUUUAAGCUCACCUCUGUUCUCUACCAUCAGGAGAAACACCGUCCUUCUCUUUUCUUCCAUUUCAAAACCCCUUUUAACUUCCAAUCAUUUGUCUCUCACAAUUCCAAACUAAUCCCAUCUCACACCCAUGGCUUCCUCUUCUUCAAACUCCCUCUUCUCCUCUCCCCAUUUCACCUCCUUCAACAGAUCUUUUCAUUCCAAACCCCCUCUCCUCUCCUUCUCCACCUCCUCUGUUUCUCUCAACCCUCGUCCUCUUCAUUCUUUUUCUUCUUCUCUUCUUCUUCUUCUUCUUCUUCUUCUUCUAAUCGCUGCAGUUUCAUUCCUCUCCGUAGCGUUUUGAAAACUCUGGAAUCCUCGGCAUUCGUGUCCCAGAACUCUGAUCUCCUUGACCCCACUUCCCCAAAUGACAGAUCCACCAUUUUGGUGGCCGAGAAACUUGGAGAAGCUGGUCUUGAGCUUCUCCGGAGCUUUGGGAAUGUUGUCUGCGCUUACGACCUCUCUCCCGAAGAACUUUGCGCCAAGAUCUCUUCCUGCGACGCCUUGAUUGUUCGAAGUGGUACUAAGGUGAAUCGGCAGGUGUUUGAAGCUGCUAAAGGGCGUUUGAAAGUUGUUGGAAGAGCCGGCGUUGGUAUUGACAAUGUGGAUCUACAGGCCGCUACUGAGUUUGGUUGUCUCGUUGUUAAUGCCCCAACUGCCAACACCAUCGCCGCCGCCGAGCAUGGAAUUGCCUUGCUUACUUCCAUGGCUCGAAACGUCGCUCAGGCCGAUGCCUCCAUGAAAGCAGGAAAAUGGGAACGGAACAAGUACGUCGGAGUUUCAUUGGUGGGAAAAACACUAGCUGUAAUGGGAUUCGGGAAAGUUGGAUCGGAAGUGGCGAGACGAGCAAAGGGAUUAGGAAUGCAAGUGAUAGCACACGACCCAUACGCACCAGUGGACAGAGCAAGAGCCAUCGGAGUGGAAUUAGUGUCAUUUAAUCAAGCAAUAUCCACCGCCGAUUUCAUUUCGCUUCAUAUGCCGCUGACUCCCACAACUUCAAAGGUUUUCAAUGACGAUACAUUUGGUUUGAUGAAGAAAGGAGCUCGUUUGAUUAACGUUGCCAGAGGAGGUGUUAUUGAUGAAGAUGCACUUGUUAGAGCACUGGAUAGUGGAGCUGUUGCUCAGGCGGCACUUGAUGUGUUUGUGGAAGAGCCACCGCCGAAAGACAGCAAGUUAGUGCAGCACAAGAAUGUUACAGUCACGCCGCAUCUUGGAGCGAGCACCAAGGAGGCUCAGGAAGGCGUUGCCAUUGAAAUAGCCGAAGCUGUGGUCGGAGCAUUGAACGGUGAACUCUCUGCCACUGCUGUCAACGCUCCCAUGGUCCCUCCAGAGGUGUUAUCGGAGUUGGCACCGUACGUGGUACUAGCAGAGAAACUGGGGCGGUUGGCAGUACAAUUGGUGGCGGGAGGCAGUGGAAUCAAAUCAGUAAAAGUAGUAUAUAGAUCAGGACGAGCCCCAGACGAUUUAGACACAAGGCUAUUACGAGCAAUGAUCACAAAAGGUAUAAUCGAACCCAUUUCGGACAGCCACAUAAACCUAGUGAACGCAGAUUUCACGGCGAAGCAAAAGGGGCUCCGGAUAAGCGAGGAGCGAGUGUUGGUGGACGCGCCGCCGGAGUUUCCAGUAGAAUCAAUCCAAAUAGUGGUGUCGGAGGUGGAGUCGAAGUUUGCGAGGGCAGUGACAGAGAAGGGUGAGGUGGUGAUAGAAGGAAAAGUGAAAUACGGAGUGCCACAUCUAAGACGUGUAGGGUCGUUUGACGUGGAUGUGAGUUUGGAAGGGAAUCUAAUCCUGUGCCGACAAGUGGAUCAACCAGGAAUGAUCGGACAGGUGGGAAAUAUACUGGGAGAGAAUAAUGUGAAUGUGAAUUUUAUGAGUGUUGGGAGAACGUUGAGGAGGAAAAGGGCUAUUAUGGCAAUUGGUAUGGAUGAAGAACCUAACAAGGACACACUAAAGAAAAUUGGACAAGUCCCUGCUAUCGAAGAGUUUGUGUUUUUGAACCUAUAGAUCAUGAAACUCAUUCACACUCAUUGCCCACUUAUCGUUUGUUUCUUUUAUCUUUUUUGGUGGUGCAAUAAUAAUUUAAUAAGGGCAGUUGGAGUUGUGGGUGGACUAUGAUGAAGGUUAUUGUAUUUUGUAUUUUGUAUUUUGUAUUUUUGGUGAAGUUUUAAGUAUGGAGAGAGGUGAUUAAGGUUAUUGUAUGUUUAGGGUAAAAAGCCAAAAGAAAAGAAAAGAAAGAAAAGAAAUUGGAUAGGCUUAAAUGCAAAUAAUAAUGUGGUAGUGUUGUCUGCCACAUGCCUAAGCUCAGCUAUGUUCAAUCAUCUUUUUAUAUUUUACCUUUUCGUAUUUUUGUUGACUA